CGCAUCCCACCACCACACCCUAGAAUCAGCGAUAACCAUGGCGAAACCUCACUUGAGCAAUGAAGAGUUCUUCAUAAACCUCACUUCCCUCGUCUCCAAGGUGCAGGAAAAGGGCCACGGCUCAGUAUACCUGACUCAGAAACGAUUAUCAUACGAUCCGUCGACGACAGCCGAAGAUGAAUCAAAAAAGGUAGCGGACGACCCGCUCUGGGACCUUCAUCCUCCAAACCCGCUGCCACUCAUUGUGCGAGCAACGGAUGGGAAGUCACAGAGUAAAGACAGGAAGAAAAACAAAGACAAGAUCAAGCUCAGCACGAUAGUCCAGCCCGACGAUUUGGAGGCCUUCUUUACCAGAUACGCCGAAGUCUGCAAAGCAGGGAUGCAGAGUCUCAAGAAGCGAGACCGCAGCAAGCGGAAGAAGGUCAAGGGAAAGGGAAAAAAGGAGGGAGAAAAGAAGUGAAGCAGGGUCUUCGUAGGCAUAGAAUACACUCGAGCAUUCUUGUGCUAGAAGUCAUCUGCUCGAUCGCAUGCUCGCCGCGAUGCUUCUAUAGAAGAACAUGGCUCCAAAGUCAGCCUCUGGCAGCACAUUCCCUCCCGAAAAUCGGUGGACCUGCGAUGGAUCCGUCCCGACUCGCUCUGCGUAUCAUCAAGCAGGUGGGCGGAAUGCGAUCCAUUGCAAUCAUGCACAUAUUGUGGCUGGCGCUUUUGGUAUUGUCAAUGCUGAAUGCCAUUGUCGCUAUUGACCCAGGACAGCACUUCUCCAUAGUGUAGCAUUGUCCGAUUUCGCACUAGCGAUAGAUGUGGGGCGAGUUAACGGCUGUUGCGUACGGUCAUUGGAGGAACUACCCUGCCAGUGAACAGCGCAAUGGGCACAGCGCGUGAAGGGCCCGCCGACGAUGGCAGAUACUCUUUUCUCAAUCGAAGCACUGCCGACUCUCUA